AUGACUGGUGCUGAAAACAUAGUAAUUAAGACAUGUUUGUUUACGACUGAUGCAUAUUUUGUUGAUAAUGUGGUGCAGACGGUUACUUCUGAUAUUCAAAAGGAAAAAGAGAAGGUGUUAGAUGAUGUUGAAGGUGACGACGUUGAUAAAGACACUACUAGUUCUUCUAGUUCAUCAGAAGAUGAAAUGAUUGAUGAGGUUGAACGCGAAAGGAGAAUGAGAGAAGAGAUAGCAAAAGAAAAGUUGAUCAAGAAGAGGAAGAGGCAAGAACAGGAGGAUGCUCCUUGUGUUCCUUCUCUGCAGCAUGUUUCAGAGUCACAAUCCACUCCGAAAGGUCAUAAGAAAGCUGCAAGUCGAAAAAGAGCAACACUGAAGCAUAGAGUGUCGAAGAGACCUAAAAAGAUCUUUCAGAAGACUCCUACACCUCCACAUAUCUUCAGCACACCUCCACUCACCCAAGUACAACCUGGUUCUUCUAGUAAAGGUCUUCCGACACCGCAAGAUAACCUGCUAGACAUUGGUGACUUCGACUUUGAAAAUAAUUCACAAGUGUUGAAAUUGGAAAAGAAAUUGGAGAAUGUGAUAGUAGAGAACAAAAGGUUGGCAACCGAGAACAAGAAGGCAGCUGACAGAGAAAAACUGCUUGUGAAUCGUGUACAAGGGUUAGAAAAGAAGGUUGAAACAGAUCAAACUGAAAUUGAUAUUCUAAAAGUUCGUGUGUCUGAACUUGAAGAAGAGAGGAAUCGUCGAGAAAGUGAGAAUGAAUAUUACAAAUUGAAGAAUAAAGAGCUUACAUCAGAUAAGGCAUUACAUGAUCAUAAGUUCUACAUGCUGAAUAGGGUUGUUGAAAAUGUGCUUGGAAUGUCAGUUGAUCAAAAGUUUGAAGAGUUGAAGCUAGAAGACCUUCGUGCUGAACGUCAAGCAGAAUUAGAAAGGCAGAUGAAAGAUAAGGGUAAAGGGGUUGAAGGAAGUUCAGCUAUGCCUGAAAUGGCUCUUGUACCUUCGAUGGUGAUAGAUAAUCCUGAGCCUAUAUCUGCAGUUUCUGGCUUAUUCGAAGAAGAAACUCCAACGCAUGAAUUAAUUGGAGGUUCAGGUGUUAGAGUUUCCGAAGCUUCCAAUGAAAAAGUCGUUGAAGAUUUGAUGAACGACACCGUGAAUGAAGAAAGUGGUGAAGCUGAGGGAAAGGGGGAGUCGAGUAAGACGCAGAUUGUUGAGCAUCAUGAGCCAUUGUUCGUGCGUCUAGAGGUGUAUAAGGAAAUGCUUAAAGAUGUAAACCCUGAAAUUUCCUUUGAUUUUGAAAAGGAUUUAGAAUCGUUUGAUAUUAAUAAACAGCAAGAUUAUAAGUAUGAUUAUGUUGAAGAUGCUGAUCAAUAUGAUCGAGUUGAAGUAGAAGAAUGUUCUGAUAGUGAAGAUGUUCCUGAAGACACAUCUAAAUUUCCAACGUUGAUGGAAUUCUUCGUAGCUGAGAAUAGAGAAGAGUUACGACAAAAGGUGACUGAAGCUGUGAAUGACAAUGUGUUUGAAUGUUUGAGGAAAGAUGCUGAAAAGGAAGGCCAGUCGAAUGUAGAAAAAGAAGAUCGUUCUAAAUGGUUUAAAGAUACUCAUGAAAGAUAG